CUUCUUUUCUAGCCCUGGAGUAAGAAUAUCCCCGUCACUUCUUCUUUCCCUCAGCCCUGCCUUCACUACCACAACUAUAUCACUUUUUCUUCUCUACACCACACUUGGCGCAACCACUUUCUGUACACCACCACAUCCUUUUGGGACCGCGACACACAUCUUCGAUUCUUCACCAUCAUCACUUGUUUGGGACAGCAUACCACAAUUCUUACCACGACGCCGAUCCUGGCCACAACCUCGACCUCGCUCCUGCUGCUGCUGAAGUCCAGCAUGGUCGACAACCGCCACCACUUCUCCCGUUCGACCGUACUAUUAUUACCAUUAUUAUAAAUCGCGACGCAUCAUGAACUUCAACAAAUCCAAGUCCUUGGUCAAGGAACCCGUCAUCCGCAAAUCCACAGUCCGUGUCGCCAUCGCUGGCUCCUCAACACCAGUCCGUCGAUCUGCAAGCGCAUCCUCUACACCAGUCUCAGCGAGGCCGGCCAACCCAGAUCGCUUCAAACUUUCCUCGAAUCACCUCCCAUCUCGACCGGUGCCUCCUCCGAAGCGACCUAGCCAUGCCGACCGCGCCCUGUCAGCAUCGAGGGGCCUCAAGCGGAAGAGUGUGACCCCGCAGCUGUCCAUGUUCAGCAGCGAUGAGGAAGAUGGAGGCAGCAGCGAUGUCGCUAGCGGGUCGGAUAUUUCUCGGAAACGGAUCAAGAGCAGCGUCAGUUCCAUAGACAGCGGUGGCCCGCGGAGGGCCCUCCUCGCCGAAGAGGCGUUCAUAGAGGAUGCUGCGCCGAUCAAGAUCAUCCACGGAUCGCAAAUCACCUCGGGCAAGGACCACGCCAAAUUCAAGAACCCGUGGUCGGACACCGAUUUCGACACGGUCCGGUUACAAUAUCCUUCGCGCAGCAUCCGGGAAAAGUUUGAAUUGAAGAUGCCCAAGAGCGAAUACAAUGAAUACCAACCACUCGAAGACAUCAAGGAGACCAUCUUCACCAUUUGUAAUUUCUACUUUCCGCCUGAACUGGAAAAACUGUACAACAGCGAAGAGAACGAGACUGGCUUCCAACGCCGCUUCAGCCGCGCCGCCGUCCACCGGGACAUUGACGAAUUCAUCGACAUCGUCAAGGACUUCAACCGCAUCCUGGACGGCCUCAUCAAAGACGGGCGCAUCAAACACGAACUCCUCCACACCAGCACCCUCCACCUCGACUGGAUCAAGCGCAUCCUCGACCAGGUCUACGCCCGCACGGUGUCGCCCCAGAUCGAGACCCUCCGGGCGUACGAGAACGGCACGGACAACGUCUACGGCGAGCUCCUCACGGGCUUCGUCAGCAAGAUCCUCGAACAGACCCGCCUCACGCACGACCAAGUCUUCAUCGACCUCGGCUCCGGCGUCGGCAACGUCGUCCUCCAGGCCGCGCUGGAAUGCGGCGCCGAGAGCUGGGGCAUCGAGAUGAUGCCCAACCCGGCCGCCCUCGCGCGGCUGCAGGCCCGGGAGUUCCGCGCCCGCGCCCGGCUCUGGGGCCUCUCCGCGGGCUCCAUCCACCUGCACGAGGGCGACUUCACCUCGUUCCCGUCCAACAAGCCCGUGCUGGAGGUGCUCGCGCGGGCGGACGUGGUGCUGGUCAACAACCAGGCCUUCACGCCGAGCCUGAACGACAAGCUACGCGACAUGUUCCUCGACCUGAAGGACGGCUGCCGCGUCGUCAGCCUGAAGCCCUUCGUGCCCGAGGGCCACAAGAUCACCAACCGCAACGUCGGCUCCGUCGUGAACCUCUUCGUCCAGCAGAAAUUCACCUACUUCUCCAACUCCGUCUCCUGGACCGACCAGAUGGGCAGCUACUACAUCGCGCGGAAGGACAAGAGGCCGCUGGAGGCGUUCCUGAGGAGGAACGGUGGUGGUGGCGGGGCGAAAUGAUGGUCCGUCUUUCGUGUGUAUGUGUGUAUGCGUGUGUGUCAAGACGGAUGAUUCUCUCUUCGGCCUCCGGGGUACAAGCCGGGAUCGCUGGUGUCGGGGAGAGGACUCAUGGGGUCGGGGUUGGGGGGUGCAGGGCAGGGCAUGAGCGUGCAUUGAGCGUCGGCGUCCAGAGGG